GCGAGUCCGUGACGUAGCACGGCGUAUGUUGUCAAAAGAGAAAAGAUGGCGUCGGUGUCAGAAAUGUACGAUGUUGGUUGGGAAGAGAUGAGAGACAAGCUGCGUAAAUGGAGAGAAGACAACUGCAGAAACAGUGAACAAAUUGUGGAUGUCGGCGAAGAGCUCAUCGGUGAACAUGCAUCGAAACUGGGAGACGACGUAUGGAUUAUUUAUGAGCAGGUGAUGAUCGCAGCGCUGGACUGCAGUCGGGAUGACUUGGCUCUGACCUGUCUACAGGAACUGAGGAAGCAGUUUCCAGAUAGCCACAGAGUGAAGCGAUUAUCAGGCAUGAGGCUGGAAGCUUUGGAAAGGUACGACGAGGCCAACAAGCACUAUGAUGCCAUUCUCCAAGACGACCCCACCAAUACGGCAGCGAGGAAGCGCAAGAUCUCCAUACUGAAGGCCCAGGGGAAGAGCACUGAAGCUAUCCGGGAGCUCAAUGAGUAUCUGGAGCAGUUUGUUGGAGACCAAGAAGCAUGGCAUGAGUUGUCAGAGCUCUACAUCAACGAACACGACUAUGGAAAAGCUGCGUUUUGUCUGGAGGAGCUGAUGAUGACCAAUCCUCACAAUCACUUGUACUGUGAGCAGUACGCUGAGGUGAAGUACACGCAGGGGGGGCUGGAAAACCUGGAGCUGUCCAGAAAGUAUUUCGCCCAGGCACUGAGGCUGAACAACCGAAACAUGAGGGCAUUGUUUGGUCUGUACAUGUCUGCAAGUCACAUUGCUGCCAGUCCAAAAGUUAGUGCCAAGGUGAAGAAGGACAAUAUGAAGUACGCUGCCUGGGCUGCCGCUCAAAUAAAUAGAGCCUAUAAGCUGGCCGGUCGUGGGUCCAAGGAGAACAAAUGCUCCAUGAAGGCAGUGGAGGAGAUGCUGGAGUCCAUGCAGAUCACUAUGUCCUAGAUGCCCUCAUCCACGCUUUCCCUCUUCCCUUCUGUUCACACACACACACAGCCACUUGGAGCAACAUGGCAGCUCAAAUAGCCUUGCAAUGUGACCAGAACCGGAUCUUUAACUGAUUUUUUUUUUUUCUUCUUCUUCUUUAUCCCUUCAAGUUUGCUUCUUUUAAUUAAUUGAACUUGACAUGGGCAAUGGAAGACAUUUGUUUCCCUCAAGUGUAAAGAUUUCCCCACCCAUCUGGAAAAUACAACAGCAAAGUCCAAGUACUCCAACUUAUUUAAACAAGUCCCUCAUAGUAUUAACCCAGCUGUGAUUUCUCCCAGACUGGAUUAUACUGUCCCGCCUCCAUCUCAUACUGUCUUUUAGGUUUACCUUGAACUAAUAUCACCAAUCAGCACAACACGUCAAGGCUAUAACUCCUGACCAGGAGUGUUGACAAGCUGUACAGUAAAAGCUAUUUAUAAAGACAAUGUGGAGAUUCCACUUGUCUGCACUGAGGUCAUUAACUAUUUCCGUACUAUCUGUAAAUGAAACAUCUUUAUCUAAUAAAACUUGUUUUUUUCUUUUGUCUAAUCUAUCAGAAUGUCUUAUAAAUUAAUAAAAGUAGGACUCAGAGAGUUGAGAAUCCAUUUUCUUCACGAGUGUUUGUAGCAGAGUUGGUCAAUUGGUUUUUUGGAUUUCCAUGUUUUCCCCAGCAGUAACACUUAUUGACACAUUCGAACCUAUAGCUAUAACCUAGCUAUAAUUAUCUUGGAGAAGGAUGAGAGACAUUUGUCAUUAUGAAGGCAGCAGUGGUAACAACAGGGGCAUAAAAAACAGGCCUCUUCUUUCUCAGUGAUUCCAGCUGGGAAAUCCUGCCUUUCAAUUACCCUGGACAGCAGCUGAACCAACUUCAGCACACUGAAGAACACCUCUGUCAUUUCAGUUUAGAAAGGCUCAGAAAACGCUGCCAGUAAUUAACACGCCACAAGUUGGAAAAGAGAGAGAGAAAAAAAAAAAACGUAUUCAUGAAUCUGGGAACUUUCAUGACAGGCAGGAAAGAAAGACAUCUUAGUGCUGCGAGAGGCCGGUUUCCUCUGCUCUGCAUUCAGUUCACUGGGUUCUGUAAUUGCUGAAUCUGAAUUGAUCCACAUGAUCAUCUUAAGUUGUCGCUCACCCGUGCAGGGUCAGCUGUUACUUCCAUUUCUUUUGUUUAUUAAGUCAUGGCAAUCGUCUCAUAAUUUCACUCUUCGGCUGAUGGAAAACUUGAGUGUUGAGUUUAUGGUCGUUUUUGGACGGCUUUUAAAUUGAGAGAGGUCACCAGCUCAAAGCCCCGAGUGUGGAAAGCCGUUUUCUCAAGUUUUUAAUACUCUUUGGCCUUGGUCAGUGGAUGAAUGUGUCUGCAUUUGAUUUGCCUCCCCAAUCUGGCGGAACCAAUGAAAACCAGAGGACGUUUGAGCAUAAACUGACUUGAGUUAUUUUUACAGGGAAAGGGCUGAGGCUAAAUGAAGCUCUUUUUAAGAGUUACAGGGUGAACGCAUUUUGAUUUGAAGCAGAGUGAUUCUUUUUUUGUUAUACAUCCCAUGUAAAUAUUGCUGUACUUUUAAAGGUUUAUGAACUUGUAAAUGGGGAAUAAAGGUUAUCAAUCA